AUGGGGAACGAGGCCAGCAUGGAGGGGGAGGGACAGGCGGGACAGGCCGGACCCGGCGUCCCCGCGGCGGGGGCUCCGGCUUCCAUUUCAGCACCAGCGGACUCUGGACAGCUCAUCAAGCCCAGCAAUGGAGCGCCCGCCGGAGGAAGCGGGGCUGGACCCGGCCCGGGGAUUAACAGACCACCGCCAUCAGACCCAGGGCCUAAAGCAGGAGUCCAGAGUGGUCACGGGACAGGGGACAGGCUAGCCUCCCACGACACCCCUCAGAAUGCCGGACCUCCAUUAGAGCAUGGCCAGGGUCAUGUGGCCAGGAGGAAUCUGCAGGUGGACUUGGGCGGCAGCAGGACUGGAAGGUCCCCUUCUGUGUCCCCAGACCGAGGCAGCGUCCCCACCUCUCCUUACUCUGUGCCUCAGAUUGCGCCCAUGCCCAGCAGCAAACUGUGCCCCGUCUGCAAAACAACCGACCUGACGGGCGCCGGGGACGACAACGUCAACACCUGCACACAGUGCCGCUCCAUGGUGUGCAACCAGUGUGGAUUCAACCCCAACCCUCACCUCACAGAGGUGCAAGAGUGGCUCUGUCUGAACUGUCAGAUGCAGAGGGCGUUGGGGAUGGACAUGACCACGCCGCGCUCCAAGAGUCAGCAACAUAUACACUCUCCUUCUCAUCCAGCCAAACCAGAACUCAAACCCGUAGCUUCGAGUCAGCCUGCAACCCCGACACAGGCCCCUCCUCAGUCACAGCCUCCAGCACAGCCUCCAGCACAGGCUCACCCAGUGCCUGGCCCUAUCAAACAGACUGGUCCAGCUGGCCCGAGUCAGCAUCAAGUUAGGCUCCCUCCAGGGGCAGUCCCUCUUCCUGGCAUGGCAAAGGCCCCAUCCCAGCCUGAUCUGUCACACAACUCUCCUGCCCACCGUCCACAGCACCCCCGCCAGGACCAGACUCGCAGUGCGGGGAGCUCUCCUUCACGACAGCCCCCACCCCCAGAGCAGACUUUUGGGAAGUUGUUUGGCUUUGGUGCGUCUCUCCUUAACCAAGCCAGCACUCUCAUAUCUGAGACUACUCAACCCCAACAACAACCCCCCAAACCAUCCCCCAAACCAGGAGGACCUCCUGGUCCUAGUCCUGGUCCUGCAAAUAAACCCUCAGGACCUCAGGCUGCACAACAAGGGCCUCGUGCCCCUGCUCAGCAGCAACAACAGCAUCCUGCUCCACAAGCCUCCAAGCCCAAAGCUUUUUGUCCUCUCUGCAAGACAAACCUCAACAUAGGCGACACAGCAGACCAACCCAACUACAACACCUGCACACAGUGCCACUCCCAAGUGUGCAACCUGUGUGGAUUCAAUCCCACUCCCCAUCUAGUCGAGAAGAAAGAAUGGCUGUGCUUGAAUUGCCAGACGCAGAGGGCCUUGUCAGGAAGCUUGGGAGAUAUCCCAGCUCCUGCUGCACACCCCGUUGGAUCCCCCCGACCACCUGCAACAGCUAAUCAACAACCCUCUCAGCAGAAAGGGCCAAAUCAACUCUCAGGUCCUAGGCAACAACUGCAGAAACCACCGGGUCCCCAAGUAAGUGGCCCCCUCUCUCCUGUGAAACAGGCAGGGCCUGCCCCACAAACAAAGGGGCUUAUCCAAGCUUCCCCUCAAACCAAGGGUUCUGCCCAACCUGUUCUUCAAAACAAAGGUUCAGCUCAGUCAGCUUCCCAAACUAAGGGCACAACACAACCCACAACUCAGAGUAAGGGUCCUCAAAUGAAAGGUCCUAAUCAGUCACAUGCUCAAAGCAAAGGGCCUGUUCAGUCUGCAAACCAAGUAAAGGGCCCGAGCCAGGCCAAAGGGCCGACCCAUACAAAGGGACCUGCUCAGCCCUCAGCUCAGUCAAAGGGCCCUUCUCAUCCUGUUGGUGCCAAGGUUUCAUCUACCCCUGGUAAAGCCACACCCAACCACGCUAAGGCUUCUCCAUCCCUUUCAAAAACAGCACCCAUACAGUCUAAACCCACAGGUAACAACCAGACCCGCAAACAGCUGCAGAGCCAGGAGAAGACUAAAGUUGCAUCUAAAUCUGUCAAAGAAGACGUAAAGCCCUCACAGAAGAAAGCAUUGCAAGAGAUGGCCCCUUCAGCCAAGGACAUGAAGAUAGCUGAAGAUGCACAGAAGUCAAGACACCAUGAAGAUUCCAACAAAUCAAGUACGCAGAGUUUAAGUGACACUGGAUACUCUUCAGAUGGAAUCUCCAGCUCUCAAGGGGAAAUUACAGGCCAGAUCCGAGAAGAAGGAAUCAAGCUGAGUGAAAGAGGUGCUCCCAUCCCCUCAGAAAUCACCAAGCUAGAAAGCUCAAUGAAGCCUCUGCUAGGGUCAAAGACCACCUCAGAUCAUAAGCUCAGGCCACAUUCACUGUCAGUUGGACAGGGCCGGGACUACAAUCCUGAUGAUGAUGCAGCAAGGGAUGAAUCAGAGGAUGACCUCAGUUGUAAGCUUCGCCAUGAUUAUGUGGAGGACAGCAGUGAAAGUGGUCUCUCGCCAUUGCCAGUAAGACAAAAGAAGUCGCAUAAAGAAAUUACGGAUGAGGAGUUCAUGAGGAGGCAAAUUAUGGAGAUGAGUGCUGAUGAAGAAGAGUUGGAGGAUUAUGGAAACCAGAAGACUAAAAAGGGACAUCGAACCAGUGGGGAUGGAAGCAAAGAGAGACGACGGCUCUCCCACCAUUCUAGUAGUUUUGAGGAUGACACCAAGGGAUCAGAGGGCACAUACAAUGCCAAUGAAGAGGAAGAUGUUGUAAUGGCUGGAGGUCUUCGACGCUUUAAGACUAUUGAGCUGAAUAACACCAACCGAGACAUGGAACUCAGUACCGAACAUGACCUACGGGAACCAGAGCUAGAGAUGGAGAGUCUGACUGGUUCUCCAGAGGAGCGGUCCAAGGGGGAAUAUUCAUCAACUCUGCCUGCCACCACUCCCAGCUACACCUCUGGAACAUCCCCCACAUCUGUAUCAUCCAUGGAGGACGACAGUGACAGUAGCCCUAGUCGCAGGGCAAGACUAGAAGAGGCAAAGCAACAGAGAAAAGCUCGACAUCGUUCUCAAGGGCCACUGCUGCCCACAAUAGAGGACUCAUCUGAGGAGGAUGAGCUCAGGGAAGAGGAAGAACUACUUAGAGAACAGGAGCAGAUGAGAGAUCUAGAGCAACAGAGGAUCAGAAGUACUGCUCGAAAAACAAAAAGGGAUAAAGAGGAGCUACGGGCACAGAGACGCAGAGAAAGAUCCAAAACUCCCCCCAGUAAUCUUUCACCCAUUGAGGAUGCAUCGCCAACAGAAGAACUGAGACAAGCUGCAGAGAUGGAGGAGCUUCACAGAUCAUCUUGUUCUGAAUACUCCCCAUCUAUGGACUCUGAGGCAGAGGGCUUUGAGAUGAUUGGUGGAAAGCUUUACAAAACAGGAAAUGAAUAUAACCUCCCAACCUUCACUUCACUCUACUCCCCUACAGAAAAGACAUCAGCAAUCUCACCAUCUGAUAAAACACUAAAAAGUGCAGAGGAGGUUUAUGAGGAGAUGAUGAAGAAAGCCCAGCUUAUGCAGAGGCAAGGACAAACAGUUAAUCAGCAGAAAGGUGCCUCUAAGCCUGAUGGUAAACAUCACCUUGAGGCAGGAGCUGUCCUAACCCCUGGCUCAAGUCCAACACAAGUAACUGCACCAAUGUCUUUUUCGACAUCAGGAUGUGAUCCAAGAAUCCCAGGAAUUCAUGCAGCACAGCAUCUUUCGAAAGAAACACAAAAUAGGAUGAUGACACAGAGUGCCAAAAUUGAAGGUGUUGUUGGAGUUGCCACAACCAAAACCCAAGUCAGUCAGACUGCCCCAACUCGACAAACAGGUAGCACAGUGUCUGCCGGCAGCAGAGCGGGCACUCAGAGGCCAACACAGGCAUCAGCUGACUCUGGCACAUCCUCCCUAACCUCCAAAGUCUUUUCCCUUUUCAAAGGUCCUAGUCCCCCAGUUUCCCCCGCCACUUCUCCAGCACAAAGUCCAACACAUAUGCCAUCUGUGAGACCCACUGGUGGUAGUAGUAGGCAGCUGCCUACCUUGCCUGGUGGUCCUACAUCAGCUAAAGCCUCCCAAGGAGCUCAGGUACCUCAAAGAGCAGUUUCCCCACGUCUUGCACGACAGCGGUCCUCUCAAGAUUCACCAGUGAUGGUAAUAACCCUAGGCUCUGAAAUAACUAGUCAAGCAAAGCCACUAACUGUAAAUUCUUCCACUUCCCCUUUGUCAUCACCAACACAGGUCAGUUGUAAAACAUUGUAUAGCUCCCAGCCUUCUUCAACAAGUUCUCCAACUUCACCACAAAUGUAUCCAUUGCAGCAGUCUCCUAGACAUUCUUCACAGAUGGUUCAAAGUUUUGAAAAAGUAAAUGUUGGCAUUAGCACAGUGACCGCAAGUGCACAUGGCCGUGGAUCUAUGGAAAAUAUAUCUCUAUGUAACUUUCAAGGAACUUCAAAGGUUAUGGGUCAGGGCCAAACACAUCCAAGCGGUCAUGUAGUGGAUUUGAGAGCCCAAGUGAGGCCUGCCCCAAUUAUAAUGACAGACCAGGGGAUGGACCUAACAUCCCUUGCCACUGACACAAGAAGAUACUCUUUAGGAGCAGAGCAGCCAUCAAGUCGACACACAGCAGUGCAGCCUCUUAUUAUGAACCUAAAUGCCCAAGAGCAACCGCAUGUAUCUGUAUUUACACCGACCACAGUUAGUGUCACAGUUACAGGUACAACAUUCAUGUCCCCAUCCAAGCAUCCAGUGGUGUAUGGAGAUCCUUUGCAAAAUCGAGUGGAUCUGGGGCAAGGGGUUGGAUCAGCUGUUUGUUACCAGAAUAAGCCUCAGAUUACUGACCCAUCUAUUCCCAAAAUCGAUGCCUGCCUGGAGAACCUAGGCAUACAACAGCAACAAUUGCAGUUACAGCAGCAGAAGCUCCUGCAGCAGCAACAACUUCUUGAGCAGCAGCUCCAGCAGCACCAUCAACAAUCAUCCUUUGCCCGUUACAAUUUAGCUAAUCAGGUCCAGCCACUGUUAAUGAAACAAGACCUUGUAGUGAGCCAGACAAGCAAUAACCAGUCUGUAGUGACUACGAGUGCCAUACCUAGAGUAUCCCCCCCAGCUCACCCUUCAGUGUGUGGGGCUACUGCUUCUAAUACCCAUGAAAUGUAUGGUGGGGUUGCCUUAGAGCUAAAAAAUAAGCCUACAGUAAUGAACUUGUCCACAGGCAAACCCCAUGUUAUGAUGGUGCAAAUUGAUGAGAGUAACACAUCACAGGGCAGUACAGUGACUCAGCUGGUCAAACACGAGGAACCUCCUCCCCCUCCUCAGGUCUUGGAUCUCACGGGCCAGAUUAAACCAGAAAACCAAGUGGCUUGUUGUGAUGUUGUUUACAAACUGCCCUUUGCUGGAUCCUGUUCAGGGUCAUUCUCGCAGAGGCCAACAACGACACCCUCCGAUAAAACCCCCACCACUGAAACCUCUCAAGCAGCCCACCCUCCCCAUCCACCACAAUACAGCCAACAAAAACACCAGCCACCUCAAGCUACACAAGGAGUGACAGAGGAUAAUAAACCAUAUCAACCUCCUUUGGUCUCCUUGGGAAGAAUACAACCCUCAAUGUCUGACAAUAAUCUCCCUUCGAUGCCUGAUGCUGCUCACUAUACAAGCAGCGUGCAGGGAGGUCUUGCAGUAGAUCUAAGUAGCAUGAAUCAGGCUUAUGAUGGAUAUAUGGGCAUUGGAGCUCAAUAUGGUUCUUACACAGACUUGCGUCACCAAGGGGAUUUUACAGCCCCUUCAUUACCCCUUCGCCGAUAUGGCUCCAUGUCAAAUAUUAAUUCAGAUUAUGCCUACACUUCACGUGACCUAUCAGCACCGCAGGACUCCAAUCUGGCUCAUUACAGUGCAACCACUGCUAGGGAAAUUAGUCGCAUGUGUGCAGCUCUAAACUCACAGGACCACUACGGCAGCAGGUAUGGAAAUAACCCUGAAGUGGUAGCAUAUGGGGCUGGAAGGGGUGGACCUUUAGCUAGGCUUAAUCUUCAGCAAAGCUUAGCGUCAAUAAGAGCAAACCUACUGUAUGGCCCCGAUGGAAGACCAAUGGCAAAUGGCCAAACCCUAACAAACUUAAUAAAUGCUAGACAAGCAAGUAUCCGCGCCUUGUACCCUGCUGCUAUGAGGGGAGGUGAUGGUAUGAUAUAUUCCACAAUAAAUACUCCUAUCGCCUCUACCUUGCCAAUUACCACACAGCCUUCCUCUGUUCUGCUACCCACACCUAGAGGAAUUUAUAGACCAUACCCUACAGGUGUAACAGCUGUACCAUUGGCUAGUCUUACCAGGCUGCCUCAAGUGGCUCCUAGAAUGCCUCUGUCCACACAGGGACCAUAUUCUUACCCUACUCCGAGCCAGUAUCAGAUGGUCUCCCUGCAGCAGCAGCAGAACUCUCUGAUGAGGAAGAUAAAGAGGACUCUCCCCAGCCCCCCUCCAGAGGAAUCUCCGCUCCCCAUCGUUACUCCAGCACAAAUGUACAGCUCUCCUGGCAUGCCCCAGAGGAUCCUACCCAGACCCUCUCAGGGAGUCACCAAGGCUGGCUUGCUGAGUGAACUGAAAGCUGUGGAACAAGAGUCUUCAAAGCUGCGAAAGCAACAGGCCGAACUGGAGGAAGAAGAGAAAGAGAUUGAUGCCAAGCUGCGUUACUUGGAGCUAGGCAUCACCCAACGUAAGGAGACCAUGGUGAAGGAGAGAGAGAGGAGAGACCUGGCUUACAUGAGAUGUAUGGGUGAUGCUCGUGACUACAUGUCAGAUAGUGAGCUCAAUAAUCUCAGGAUGGCAGCUGCAACAGCAACCUUUGAUGCUAAUGGCUUGCUGACAAGGCCCAGCACUGCACCACUGAGUCAGUUUCCUAAUGACCUCAAUGCAGCCCCUCAGUAUCCCUCAACCUCCUCUUAUAUGUCUUACUCAUACCCACAAAGUCAACCAUCAACACAGCAGCCAAGUGCAGCUUACCAACAGAUAGGCUUUCAACCUCCCCAGUACCCUUCAUCCUCUGCACCUCAGCCAGGAACCUUCCAGCCCCACCCCCCUCCAGGCCCUGGCUACCAGAACCAGGGAACAUAUCCCUCCCGCAUGUAUGCCCAGUCCUCCUACCAGGCAGACCUUGGUAUGCAGCAGCAUGGUCACCAGGCCUUCCAUCAGCCUGGUCAACCCAUGCCAGGCCAGGGUCUUCCUUACCCCAGCCACAGCUCUUACCAACCUGGCCUCCCCUACCAGCCCCAGGCAGAGAUCCUUACUGUACAUCAAAGACCAAGGCAAACAUCUUUGGCAGACCUUGAGCAAAAACUCCCAACCAACUAUGAGGUCAUUAGCAACCCAGCAGUGUCAGUGGCAACAUCAGCUCCAGACAGCAACUUUUCCAAUGCAGUCUACAACAAUGCCUAUGGACAGUACCGCCCCCCUGAGCCUGGCUUGACUCCCUCUGUAGAGAGUCCCACCUCUGCCUAUGCUUCAGAUGGUCUCUAUACCUCAAACCUGGAGCAGAAUAUUCCAAGGAACUAUGUCAUGAUUGACGACAUCAGUGAGUUGACAAAAGAGAACACUAACCAGCCCGUUGAUGCUUUAGGUCAUCCUGUUGGAGGCCGGUAUCGCACUGAGAACGGCCCUGCCCGUGGGAGCUCCUAUAGUAGGCCUGAAGAUGGGCCUGUGGAUGUUUAUGGUAGACCUACAGGAUCAACAGGUUACCAAAGCACUGUAGACAGUCGUACCACCACCACAGUGAGUGGAGGCUCUUCAUAUUACUAUGAUGAUUAUAAGCAGUCAUCACGGAGCACCCCCAGUAGCCACAAACUUACACCCAAGAAUCUUGCCCCAGCUGUAGUCUCCUCUAAACGCAGUAAGCACAGAAAGCAGGGCAUGGAGCAGAAGAUCUCUAAAUUCUCCCCAAUUGAGGAAGCACGGGAUGUUGAGUCUGACCUUGCCUCCUACACAAUGACAACAUCAACAGGAGGCAGUUGUACGGUUGUAUCCAGAUCCAAGAAGCUUCAGGACGAUAUGACCUACGGGAUGAAGAAAAACACGUAUGACCAACAGAAAUAUUAUGGCACCAGUCGUGAGGGUCUUGAGGAAGAGGACCGCAUGUAUAGCUCUGGAAGGUCCAGGUCUACUGGAUAUGGCAUGGACAAGAUUUCCUCCAGAGAUGCCACGGGCCACAGGAGUAAAUCUUACGAAAGAGAUGCCAUGGAGCGGUCUCAGAGAGGCAGUCGCAGUGGAAGGCCUCCGAUGCGCAACCAAAAUUCAGAAGAGGAGAGCCCACUCAGUCCUGUUGGGAAGCCUGUAGGCAUGGGAAGAACCGCUGACACACCGGAAGCCCACGAUGUGAGGAAUCAAUAUGGCUCCAGCCAUUCAUUGCCAGACGUUCAGGACCACCACAAGAAGGACCUGCCCAGGAGUCAUGUCUAUAAGCCAGAUGACCCUUACCUUGUAGAUGACAUGCACUGUGCUGUUUCUGACAGUGAAGCCUAUCACCUCGGCCAAGAAGAAACUGACUGGUUUGAGAAGCCACGGGAGGCCCGUUCUGAUCGCUCAAGACAUCACGGAGGUGGAAGUCACUCAUCCACAGGUAGGCGUAGCAAACACACCUACCAGGAUUAUGAUGAACCUCCAGAGGAAUACUGUCCUCAGGAUGACUACAGUCAACAGCGCCACUCCACCUCCACGUCGUCACGCGACCACCGUCACCACGGCAGUAGCUCUGGCAGACAUAACUCUUCUCGACACUCCGCGGAGGACCCAAGGUCCUCCCGCUCUUCUAGGACACACCCCAAAGAUCCUUCUGUUCGCCCUGACGGCAGAGGCUCUUCGUCUGCACAAAGGAGGAGUGGUCCAGACUCCCGUUCUGCCCAGGGAAGCCCCCGGAAUUCAGGUGACUUCUCUCGUGAUACAGCCGCUGGACAUCACCACGGUACUGGAGGAAGGAGCCAGAGACCGCAAGGAGAUCGCACAACCUCCAAGAGGCAGGAUCCCUCUGCAGCAGGGUUUAAACCACAGCAGCAGCCCCCUUCGGGCCAUGCUGGUCAGCAACGGUCAGGCAGUCAGGGUCAGACUGGGAGACAUCCAGGCUCUGAACCACUUAAUGGCACCCAACCAGCCCAGCAACAGGGUGCACUACAACCACAACAACAACCACAUCAACAACCACAACAACAACCACAACAACAACAACAACAACAACAACAACAACAACCCCUGCAACACAACCAGACAGCUCCAACCAACCAACCCAACACAACUGCUGCAGGAGCUGGACCAGCACAACAGCAGCCUAAAUCCGGCCAAACCCUACCCCAGGGACGCCAGCCGGGAGUCGGGUCUGCAACAGGGCCGCCAGCUACCACAGCAGCAAAGAUGGAUGCUACACCUGCACCUGCAACUGCCGCUACUGGAAUGAAACCUACAGCAGGAGUUCCAACAGCACCUCAGCCUACAAAAAUAGCUACACCUCCUCUGACGGGCAUUGGCUCCAAGGCAGCGCCUGUUGGGAUUGGAAGCAAACCCGCAGGUAUAGGCAUCGCUGCGCCAGGACAGCCACCUGCUGAGGGGGACAAUGUUCUGACCAAAAUACUGCAGGGAGGUGCUGCAGAGCAGGCAGGAAAACUUGGAGAUGCUCUGUCUGGACUUGGAAAGAAGUUCACUUCAUUGUGGUGAAGUGAUUAGUGGAGGGGUAUGCCGAAUUUGAAAUUAGAUAGAUUGGUACAAUUGUUCUUGAAAAACCUAUGCCUGCAUUAAAAACAUUUCACAUAACAGGAAAUAAAGAAGGGGAGAUCUUAGUGCAUCAAGCUGGAAAACAAAGGAUGCCUUGUCAGCACUGAAUCCCCAGACAUGAGCACACAAUUGAGUUGAAUUAAACUAGGGCAAUCGCUUCGUCAGCACGAUGUAACAAGACAUGAGCGGAGGCCUGCAGGAGGCCUGGAAGUAAUUUGAUGCCUUUGCACGACUAUAGUCCCAGAAUGAUUACUAUGGAGACUUUUCGAUGCUUCAGUGGAGGACAACAACGGUCGAUAAUGAGGAUGCAGUGAAGCGGAGGAGAGUGGGGGGAGGAGGACUUGUAUUUGCUUCCCCCUCCUCUUCUAGAACAAAGUCUCCUGGGAUCUAUAUGACAGUAAAAGGCUUGAGGAGAGAGGCACCUGGAUAUCAUAGGAGAAAGUCUGCUCUGCCGCGCAUGCCCCUCUCUAAAUCAACUCAACAUAGGAAGCCUUGCAGCGCCCUCUACAGGGAUUUCGAUGGAACACAGCUCAUGUUUGAGGAGUCCUGGCGAGGAUGUUUUAUUCUACAUUCAUCCCCUCAGAGCCUUUUCAUACAAAAAAUAUAUAAAAAGAAGGAAGAUUUUCCAUAGGUUUUGCUUGCACCAAUAAUACCAAUCUCAACCCACAGGAAUGUCGCAUAUCUGAAGAAGACAAUGCUUAUCACGGCAACGACAACCAACCUUAUGACUUCACUACAACCCUUGAAUGUUUGGUUUUCUCUGGUCUCUGCAGUACAUUCCAGUAUAGGGAAUUUUACCCUUUCUUUGAAUGUGUUUUUAUUUUGUCCUCAUUUCGUUUUUUGAUGUCUACAGAAUGCGUUGUGUAAAUGGGGACACCAGAAUGCACGCUCAAAUAUUAGAAAAACUGAAGAAAAAAAAAGAAGUCCAUUUUUUUCACCUAUGAGAUGCCACUUUUCAUUAGCUUUAGUUUUAGGGGAAGGAAUUUACUACCAGUGUGCCCACAAAUGUGUGAGAUUCACACAGACGAGAGGACCAAAUGAAAGAGUGGCCACGGCUCUUUAUAUGCCAUCGCAAAGCCAUCGUUAUCGUCAGCCCCGGAGACUUCUGGGACUAUAUCCGUUUUAUUGUUUGUCUAAUCUUUUGUUUUUCAUUUUUGCCUGAUAUUUAUUGAAUGGAAGAGCCUUAUUCGGUACAUCUUUUUACCUGUAUACCUCAUAUGUUUUAAAUUGUCCAUAUCACCAUGCAUUUCUUUUUACACAACUGUAUAUUGUAUGUACAUAAAACAACUCAAAGAUCUAACGAUGUAAAUUUGUCCUUUGUGUAUUUAUGGAAUCACUUUCUAGUGACUUUCUUUUCUUUCUUUUUUUGCUGUUCUGUGUUUUUUUUUUUUGGUAAAACUUUAUAUUUUUCACUUUUGAUUUGUUUGAAUCUGUUUUCUUGCAUCAAAUUAUUUGCUUGUUUGUUUUUAAAAGCAAUAGCAUGCAGAAAAUGGUAUAUAGCACAAAUAUAGGUACAAAUAUUGUUUCAAUUUGCGAAGGGAACUUAUCAAACACUUGUGUCGAUAAAUAGCCGUAAUACAAUUUGUCAGAGGGUUUACAACCACAGUACCAUGUCCAGACAUGCAUGUUUUGUGCAGAUGCAUUAGAGCAUGCAAGACAGGUACGAUCACACAGACUCUCUCUCUGUGUCUCUUGCAAACACACACACACACACACACACACACACACACACACACACUGUACAGGUUACGGUCUUUGCAUCCUAUAGUUACACCUCAAAGCCAAUGUUAAUCGAGUAUUCCACCGAACAAACCUGUUAACCUCCUGCAGAUCGAUGUGGUUACCAAUUCACCAACAAGAUGAUCUCACUAACAAGCUGGGCCCACUGCCUCUAUUUGUGCAAAGACACGUGUACACAAACAUACACAUGCACACACACAGUCACAAAAAUACGUACAGAUAAAGAAGAGGAUGAAAGCAAUUAUCAAUUUAAAUGUUCUAUGCAAUGACUCAUUUUGAACCUGGAAGUGAUUCAGCCGAAAACAGUUUAUUAUCAUCAUUGUGUUCACAAGAAAACAACAAAAUUAUGAGCUAAAACAGUAAAAAACAAAAAAACAAGGUCAUGAAAAUGUUUUUACUUAGCAACUUGUCUGUAUGAAUUUGAAUAUUGAACUAGAAUUGUUUUUAUUUUUGUGGCAUGUAUACUCACCCCUCACACCCCACACGGGGGACUUGUUGCCAAAGGGUAAACUGUGUAGACUGUUGGUUUGAAUGUCCAUCAUCAUGUUGCUUUGAAGCAUGGGUUUGCUUGGCUUUGUCUGGCUGUUCGUAAGCCCUCCUUCAGUUCUUGUGCGUUUUGGCUGACCUGGGCUCCUCAGUGUUUGGCUUGCAGUGACUGUCCAUGCGGCUGUAAACAUGUGAUUCAGAUGGUCAGCACUUCUCAUUAAUACGUGUCAAUGUACAUAAUGGGUGUCAGUAUAACCUGUGGGGUCAAUGGAAUGCUAAUAUCAGAUGUCUCUUUCUUGAUUAAAACACUCAGAAGCAGCCAAGCCAUUGGAACGGUGCAUGAUUUGAUCUUAUAUUCUUGGAAUUUGUACCUGAAUAAAAAAAAAAGAGAGAAAAAAAAGGUAAGGCAUGAUUUCCCUAAGGUUUUUAAACCUUGACUUUCACGGGCCAACAAAGAGAAUAUUGAUGAUUAAAAUGUUCAGACAGCCUUUCACAAAUCAGGGCAUGCCAUUUGGAAAGCACAAGCCUGACUGGUAGCACUUGCUUCUCGACAAAAACCCAUAAAUAUGGAGGUUUGCUUGCGUAACAGUGCCUCCAGCUGAACAGUGUGAGAACUGCGUCAGAACAAGAGGUGAAGGUGCUAGCUGGUCGAUAUGAGGUGCACGAGACAAAACAUCCUUUAGUGCAGCCGUCCGGAUUGUCAGAAAGGCAGACAGACACACAAUCUUACUGUAAAUACAAACUCAUUUUACUGUACAGCUUUUGAGUUCUGAGUACGGCCGUCAUGUGCAUCCCCAUGCCGUAUUUGCUGCCAACUUUUGUGUAUAAAAAUAAUAUUUAUUACCACGAUGAUGAUGAUGAUAAAGCUAAUGGUGAUGAUUAUUACUAUUAUUGCAUAAGCAUAGUGUAUGUGGCUGACUCAUAUUGACUGUUUACAACAGUGGAACAAAAACACGUAUUCCGAAACAUCCGGUCUGUGUAGAGUUUCUAUACAUAUUGUUCAUUGUAAACAAGACAAAAAAGAAAAACCUCCAUGGCAUCAGCAGAGUACAAUGCCUUUGUCAGACUAUAAGGGGGUCUUUGAUUUGAUGGGUGUGAUCUGCGAGGUGAUGAGGAUCAUGGGAAGAAGCUGGCAAAAAAAGACAAAAAAAAAAAAAAAUCUGGAGAAUGUCAUUCACUGUUGUAAGUGCAAUGGGCAAAAUGUCAGUCGUGUAUCCAUUGUGAAACCUUGUGUUCUAUUCAGUGUAUUCCUGUAAACAGAGUAAAUUUUGGUGCAUCAUGUCAAGUAAUGUGAUUAAUGAAAAAUAUUGAC